GACGCUCUGUUUGGAAGCGUGAAUCCGUGCUUAAACCCUCAGGUUUAUCUGCUUGUCUUGAGUCGUGUAGCUGACGACAUGCGCUGAAGGAUCGAGAGUCCGGUGAGUGAUAUAACCGAUAACCGGUUUUGCAACACGUGCAUCUAAUAAUCACAAAAAUAAAAAUAAAUACGCUAAGCUGUAUCGGGCUGUUUCUACUGGAGUACACAUUCCAGAAUAGCCAAAUAAUGAUCAUGGAUGUAGCCUUUGAAUUGUCAUAUGUGGUGCCUGCAAUUUUAUUCACUCUCUUAGCUAUUGUUUUUGCAAGUACAAUCUUCAGUAAAAAGCCUAUUUCUGCCUCACCGUCCAAAACGGAGUGUGAGGUGGCUAAAACAGGACUAACGGAGAGUACAGAUGAGAGGAACGAUUUAGCUACAGAGCUAAUUCAUAAAGCGGAUAAAGUGAAGGCCGACGAAGUGGUCCCAUCCGAGAGAAUAAAGGAACAGACUGAAUCGGCGUUGGUAACCCCAGCAGAGAAUGUUGGGGUCCUAGAGGAGCAUCCUGGGACAGAAUUUGGGAACAAGAGCAUUCAAGCGCGCCCAGAGACGAAGAAAUCAGCCAUUAAGGAUCCCGUGGCAGAGCCGGUGCCCCAGAAAGAGACGGCCGAUGACGCAGUGCCUGAAGCCGUCCCUGUGGAGGAAUCCACUGCCCAGCUCCUCCCUGAACCUGCAUCAGACGGGGAGACCGCCUCGCAGGUCCCCCCAAUGAGGGGGCCCCCGCAUGACUCUGAAGCUGUGCCUAGAAAGGAGGAGACCCCCGAUGAUGAGGCGGAAUCAAGCCCAGUGUUUGAGGGGCACAGCGUUAUCGGGGCAGCCGGUGAGGAGGAAGGGUACGAGCCCUUGAAGUACGCCCCGGGGAAGCUGAGGACAAGCCAGCUGGAGCAGAUGAUGACCAGGGAGGAGCUGGAGGAGGAGCAGAGGGUCCAGAGAGAGCAGCUAGCUGCCAUCUUUCAGCUGCUGAAGGACAAUAAGGACACCUUUGGUGAAGUGACAGAGGGCGAUGUGGAAGAACAGCUGAAACUCUACUCCAUCUAGAUGAAGCCCUUGGUGUCCAUCACACCACGUUUUCACCUGUGCACUAUGGAAUAGAACACCUCAAGCCAGGAUUUGACCCCUUCUAAUAUUUCAUUUAGUGAAUUUUGCAGGUGAAAAUCUCAGUUAGAGGAUCUGUAUAACUUUUCUUUUGUAAUUAAUUUUUAGCAAUGUUUUUAUAAGGAUUAUGGAAAAAUAUAGAAUGGAUCAGAUUUCACUUGGUUGCUUCAUUUCCAUUCCUAACACAGGUAUUAAGUCGAUAGCAAAGAGCUCUAGAAUAUAGGCACAAAGUGUUGGAGAGUUUCUGCUUUACCUAUUCAUUUGUCUGUAGCACAUGCAACAGCUUUCAUUUAUUUAUAAUUCAUGCUGGGAAUUGUAAUUAAAAGUUCUGACAUCCUUGGUUUGUUACCAUUACUCCUGUAUUUUCCAUGUCACAGUUGUUCUCAUUAUUCAUUCGUCACAAUUAAAGCAACACAGUAAAAAUCUCUUCUGGAAAAAUGUUUUCUUUUUUCCUGAAUGUAUGUAUAAAAUGCCUAACAUUCUUAUGUCAUUUAAAUAAACCACUAAUGUGAUCACC